AUGAGAAAGCGGUGGAACCUGCUCCCUACUGUAGGACAUCGAGCAGGAAGUGAAACUGCAGCUACUGUAGGACAUCGAGCAGGGAGUGAAACUGCAGCUACUGUGGGACAUCGAGCAGGAAAUGAAACUGCAGCUACUGUAGGACAUCGAGCAGGGAGUGAAACUGCAGCUGCUGAAGGACAUCGAGCAGGAAGUGAAACUGCAGCUACAGUGGGACAUCGAGCAGGAAGUGAAACUACAGCCACUGUAGGACAUCGAGCAGGGAGUGAAACUGCAGCUACUGUAGGACAUCGAGCAGGAAGUGAAACUGCAGCUACUGUGGGACAUCGAGCAGGAGGUGAAACUGCAGCUACUGUAGGACAUCGAGCAGGAAGUGAAACUGCAGCUACUGUAGGACAUCGAGCAGGAAGUGAAACUGCAGCUACUGUAGGACAUCGAGCAGGAGGUGAAACUGCAGCUACUGUAGGACAUCGAGCAGGAAGUGAAACUGCAGCUACUGUAGGACAUCGAGCAGGAAGUGAAACUGCAGCUACUGUAGGACAUCGAGCAGGAGGUGAAACUACAGCUACUGUAGGACAUCGAGCAGGAAGUGAAACUGCAGCUACUGUAGGACAUCGAGCAGGAGGUGAAACUACAGCUACUGUAGGACAUCGAGCAGGAGGUGAAACUGCAGCUGCUGUAGGACAUCGAGCAGGAGGUGAAACUACAGCUACUGUAGGACAUCGAGCAGGAGGUGAAACUGCAGCUACUGUAGGACAUCGAGCAGGAAGUGAAACUACAGCUACUGUAGGACAUCGAGCAGGAGGUGAAACUACAGCUACUGUAGGACAUCGAGCAGGAGGUGAAACUGCAGCUACUGUAGGACAUCGAGCAGGAAGUGAAACUGCAGCUACUGUAGGACAUCGAGCAGGGACUGAAACUACAGCUACUGUGGGACAUCGAGCAGGAGGUGAAACUACAGCUACUGUAGGACAUCGAGCAGGAGGUGAAACUGCAGCUACUGUAGGACAUCGAGCAGGAAGUGAAACUACAGCUACUGUAGGACAUCGAGCAGGGACUGAAACUACAGCUACUGUGGGACAUCGAGCAGGAGGUGAAACUACAGUUACUGUAGGACAAGGAGCAAGAAGUGAAACUGCAGCUACUGUAGGACAAGGAGCAAGAAGUGAAGCUGCAGCUACUGUAUGA